UAAAUUAUAACAAUAAUAUGGAGAUUCCUGGGUUUAGAUUCUAUCCAACAGAGGAAGAACUGGUUGUGUUCUAUCUCCCAAACAAGAUUGAACGAACGAGAGAAGAGGUUAUGGACAAGGUUAUACCUGAGCUCAACAUAUACGACUACAGUCCUUGGGAUCUCCCACAAUAUUCAGGAGUUCUGUGCCGAGGAGAUCCGGAGCAAUGCUUCUUCUUCAUACCGAGGCAAGAGAGCGAAGCCCGGGGAGGGAGACCGAGCCGGCUGACAGAGGGCGGAUACUGGAAGGCGACCGGAUCUCCGAGUUUCGUCUUCUCUUCGAACAAUCAGACAAUCGGCUUGAAACGGACGAUGGUUUUCUACACCGGAAGAGCCCCAAACGGGGUAAAAACACAGUGGAAGAUCAACGAGUACAAGGCUACUCAAGGAGAUCAACCCUCUUCAAUUUCUUCAACUGGUGCAAGUGCUAGUACUAGUACCACUACUCCUAUGUUAAGACAAGAAUUUAGCCUUUGCCGAGUGUACAAGAAAACAAAAUGCUUGAGAGCAUUUGACAGGAGGCCUGCUGGAAUGGAAAUCACAAUUAGCAAUAAUCCCGCAAUUAAUCUUCAGUACGAUCGCCCAGAGGAGCCUUCGACGUUAUCUCAUCAGGCCCCUCCUCCGGCUGCAGCGGAGAGAGGAGGCUCACACGAUGACAGUUCCUCCUCGGGAGGAGGAGGAGGAGGAGGCGACGGUGGCUACCAGCCCUCGCAAACUGGAGAAAAUGAUUACUUGAACUUUCCAAUGGAUACUGAUGAGAGUCAGGCUUUGUGGGACUGGGAUCAUUUCUUCUAAUUAAUUAGGAGAUAACCAAAUUAAUGGUAUAAGAAGAAAAUAACAAGAUCUUAAUGAUCAGCUCAAAAUAUGUAGGGGAAUUUUGCCUGCUUUAAUUAAAAGGCUGUGCAUAUAACUACCCAAAGAGCUUUUAACUAAUUAGUUACAAUAUUGUAUAAGAGCUAUCUAAUAAGGCUAGCUCUUGCUACUAGAUAUAAUGAAGAACUCCAUGAUUGGACUUAAUUGUUAUCUUAUAUAUAUGCAGCCUAGGAUUGUACUGAUCACCCGUUAAAAAUAAUGUCAUGUAUGAAGUACUUUAUAUAUAUGCAGCCUAGGAUUGUAUUGAUCACCCUUUAAAAAUAAUGUUGUGUAUGAAGUAUCAA